AUGAAACGACAAACAGCUCUAGAUUUUAUUGCACUGCUCUGUGUUUGGGCGGCACAGAUCCAAAGCCAGCCUGUACAGGCGAAUGGCCAGGUGAAGAGCGAAUCGCGCACAGCUGUGCCUUUGCUAUUUCUGCUUGGCUAUCCACAAGCUGUUGGCUACCCACAAGCUGUUGGUUACCCACAAGCUGCUGGCCUUAAUCCCAUUCGACGCACACAAGAUGAGCCAACGAUAACGAGUCAGCCCAUAGUGCAGAGUGAUGCGCCGAUCGACGCCGACGUUCAAAUACGGCAACAAUUUGUGCAAGGCUUACUCCAGGGCCUGCAGUCGAUGGAAGGCGGAGCUCCCAUAGCGCCAGCCGUGCUCGCCGACGUGCUGCAGCAGGUGCAACGGACAACGACAGCGGCGCCAAAAGGAAUGCUUGAAAAGGAAGCGCGAAAGCCGAGCACUGCAGCUGAGACCAGCAACGACAAUGACCCCGACUACGAUUAUAUAGACUUUAAGAACGGUUCACGCAUCAAAUACGAAUUGGAUAAUGAUCAGCAGUCAAACGAUGCGCAGUAUGCCAAUAAAAGACCUCUGCAAGCUAUCUAG